AUGGGGCCUCGCCGUAGAAACUUCGUCCGGCCAUUGGGGUCUCCGGCUGAUGCUGAAUCCAGCCACUUCUUCAAGAUCAUACUUCCUGAAACUAUUCGUGCCCAAAAACUGAGAAUUCCCAAGGAGUUCGCAAGAAGAUUUGAGAAUGAACUGUCUACUAGUGAGGCAACGAUUGGUGUACCAGAUGGUCGUAUCUGGAGAAUGGAACUGAAGAAGUCUGAAAAGGAGGUUUGCUUCUGCAAGGGUUGGCGGGAAUUUGUGAAGUACUACUCUAUUAAAUUUGGCUUCAUUUUAGCGUUUAAAUAUGAAGGCAAUUCACACUUCUCUUCGGUUAUCUUUGAUGUGAGUGCUGCUGAGAUUCACUAUCCACUAUGCAAAGAUAACUCUGAGAAGCAGAACUUGGAAUCCAAAUGUCCUGGAAAAAAGUCCGGUUUUAAUCACUGUAGCUACAACACAAGACGCAAAAGGCAUGAGCUUGAAGAUCAAGAAGAAAUAAUCGACAUAGAUUGUGCGAAUGAUCUGAGCCCUGGAAAAUUAGGAAACAACAAAAGUUAUAAUUCUGCCGAGAAUUCAAGAAAGCAAGAGAGAAACCGAUCUGGGCCAGGCCGUUCUUCCAAAAUGAUGAAGAAAACUUUGAGUAGAAAGCAGAGAGCUAUAAGAGCUGCCCAAAAUUUCCAACCAAAAAAACCAUCCUUUACUGCAAUAAUAAAAUCACCAAAUCUGACUGCUCGUUAUAUGGAUGUGCCUGGGGCAUUUUCGAAAGCUCAUCUGGAGAAAGUUGAUUCUGUGAAGCUUCAGGUUUCUAAUGGAAACGAUGGGCAGUUAACUGUAUUAAACAGCGUUCAAAUGUUCGAAUGUGUGGGGGCUGGAUCGAUUUCGCAAGGGCCAACAAUCUGA